CAGCAUUCAUAGGAGGUUGUGGUCAUUUCAACAAUGAAUUUCUAUCUUAUUAUAAUAACUAAAUGUCUAAUUGUUAUAUUAUUUAGGUUUAAUGUGGCCGAUGUACCGCUUCCACCACUUGCUUCUGCAAACAAUGUCAUGAAAUUAAUUAUUAAGGGAUAUCUCAACAAACUUUUAGAAGCAAAUCAAUUGAAUGAAUCACAUCUGAGGAAGAAAUUAUCUUCUAUGAGCGAUUACAUAGCAUCACAUCCAGCAUUGCAUCAAAGAUACCUUUGGGUGGGCCCUAAGCCGCCUCCGUUUGACUACGACCCUGAUCAUUAUAAGUUGAAAGCCAAGGAUUAUUCGGAAACAGAUGUUAGAAAAAGAAAUUCCGGAGAAACCGAAAAGUUUCCAUCGGAAGAGAUCUGCAAAACAACGCGUCAAUGGGAACAGGUGAACACAACACAUGACUUGUAUGAUAAUAAAGUAGAAGUGGUACAGGAAGAGGAACUCCAACAGUUUGUCUUCUCCUACCGUUGCGCUACUCUUAAAGGCCAGUGUUUGGGAAUAUCACCGCUAUAUCACAGCGAAUGUACCGAAAGAAACGGAUGGAUGUAUAUGUACUACAAGAAGGCCAAUGACAAAGCGCCGCAAUGGGGAUAUGUUUCGGCGCCGCAUCACUGCGCCUGUAAAUUACAGCCUAAGUUCAUACCAACCGUCGCCACAGAAGAAAAUUAAAUAAUUUAUAACUUGAAUAUGAAUCGAGUCC